UGCACUAACAGAUUCCAACAUAGAGUGUGUUUGUGAGGAAAACCACAUUUGGGACAGCCAGACAUGUAGCAUGUAUGGAAACUGCUUAAAUACAACCUCCAACAACUGUAGCUGCAUUAGAGAUAUUCCUUACAAUGGAACCUGUGAACCCUAUUCACCUCCUCCAGUUUCCAAAUCCAUUAAUUAUGAAAUUUACAUCGAGACUCCUGAUGCUCUACUAAAUGGUCUGAGGGAAAUUUUCAAAAACCUUACUGUUCCUUUUAUACUGAAUACACCUUCAAAUAUCACAGCAAACAUCACAUCACUGAAGAUGAUGGCAGUUUGUGCACUAACAGAUUCUAGCACAGAGUGUGUUUGUGAGGACCAACACAUUUGGGACAGCGAGACGUGUAACAUGUAUGGAAGCUGCUUAAAUACAACCUCAAACAACUGUAGCUGCAUUAGAGAUAUUCCUUACAAUGGAACCUGUGAGCCCUAUUCACCUCCUCCAGUUUCCAAAUACAUUAACUAUGAAAUUUAUAUUGAGACUCCUGAUGCUCUACUAAAUGCUCUGAGGAAAAAAUUCAAAAACCUUACUGUUCCUUUUAUACUGAAUACACCUUCGGAUAUCACAGCAAACGUCACUUCCUUGAAGAUGACUGCAGUUUGUGCACUAACAGAUUUCAGCACAGAGUGUGUUUGUGAGGAACAACACGUUUGGGACAACCAGACAUGCAACAUGUAUGGAAGCUGCUUAAAUACAACCACACAAAACUGUAGCUGCGUUAGAGAGAUUCCUUACAAUGGAACCUGUGAGCCCUAUCCACCUACUCCAGUUUCCAAAUCCAUUAACUAUGAAAUUUACAUCGAGAUUCCUAAUGCUCUACUAAAUGCAUUGAGGGAAAUUUUCAAAAACCUUGCUGUUCCUCUUAUACUGAAUACACCUUCAGAUAUCACAGCAAACAUCACCUCUCUGAAGAUGACUGCAGUUUGUGCCCUAACAGAUUCCAGCACAGAGUGUGUUUGUGAGGAACAACACAUUUGGGACAACCAGACAUGCAACAUGUAUGGAAGCUGCUUAAAUACAACCCCAAGAAACUGUAGCUGUGUUAGAGAUAUUCCUUACAAUGGAGCCUGUGAGCCCAAUCCACCUACUCCAGUUUCCAAAUCCAUUAACUAUGAAAUUUACAUUGAGACACCUGAUGCUCUACUAAAUGCUCUGAGGGAAUUUUUCAAGAACCUUACUGGUCCGUUUAUACUGAAUACACCUUCAGAUAUCACAGCAAACAUCACCUCCCUGAAGAUGACUGCAGUUUGUGCACUAACAGAUUCCAGCACAGAGUGUGUUUGUGAGGAGCAACACGUUUGGGACAACCAGACAUGCAACUUGUAUGGAAGCUGCUUAAAUACAACCCCAAGAAACUGUAGCUGCAUUAGAGAUAUUCCUUACAAUGGAACCUGUAAGCCCUAUCCACCUACUCCAGGUCCCAUCAUUAAUGCUUCAAUAGAAUAUAUAAUUUCUAUUGAGACUCCAGCUGUUUUUCUUAAUGCUCUUCGGAAUAUCUUCUUCAAAGUUCCAUAUCUUGUCCUUAAUACAUCUGGAGACAUUAAAGCUAAUCUUACUUAUCUGCACAUGACUACAGUGUGCAGACUCCAAGACAAUGACACACAAUGUACUUGUGAAAGUGGAUACAAAUGGAAUACUCAUACCUGCAACACUUACCGGAGCUGCUCAAAUACAACAGAAGACAAAUGUAAUUGUAUAUACUAUAGCCUGGGAAAUGAAUCUUGUGAGCUUUCAACAGAGGCAUACACAACAGCAAUGACACUGAUAACAACACUUCCACCAACAUCAGGAAAAAAAUCUGUAUGGACAACAGGUGUUUACCAGUCUACGAGUGAAUUAUCUUCAGUGUUACCAACAACAGAUAUAAUUUCAUCACCUUCGAAACCAUUAAUAUCAACAAUUCCAUCCACAAGUAUGUCAUCAGUAUCAGCAAAUACAACCUCAGAUUUGAUAUCAACAGUAAUACCAACACUGGAAUCAAGUGCAGUGAGCUCAGUGUUUCCAUCAACAUCAACAGUGCAAUCCACAGCAGUGACAACUGUAUUUCUGUCAACAUCAACUGCACCAAUACCACACACCACUUCUUCUUCAGUGACAACAUUAACAUCAUCAACAUCAACAGAAAUCAAGUCCUCUUCAUCUACAGCAUCAAUAAUACCAGCAACAACACAAACCAUGUCCUCUUCAUCAUCAGUAACACCAGCAACAACACACACCAUGUCCUCUUCAUCAUCAGUAACACCAGCAACAACACAAACCAUGUCCUCUUCAUCAUCAGUAACACCAGCAACAACACACACCAUGUCCUCUUCAUCAUCAGUAACACCAGCAACAACACAAACCAUGUCCUCUUCAUCAUCAGUAACACCAGCAACAACACACACCAUGUCCUCUUCAUCAUCAGUAACACCAGCAACAACACAAACCAUGUCCUCUUCAUCAUCAGUAACACCAGCAACAACACACACCAUGUCCUCUUCAUCAUCAGUAACACCAGCAACAACACAAACCAUGUCCUCUUCAUCAUCAGUAACACCAGCAACAACACAAACCAUGUCCUCUUCAUUAAAAUCAGCAACACCAACAUCAACAACACAAAUAACAUCUUCUUCAACAACAACAACAAUCACAACUCUGUCAUCAACAUCGACCACAACUCUGUCAUCAGCAAGCAUUCCAACUACAGAGCUACAUACAGAGAUAUAUGCAUUGGUCAUCACAAUCCUUACAGACUGGUCUGAAGAUUAUACAAACAAUAAAAGUGUUGUAUACAUCAAGUUAAAGAAUGAAAUGGAAAGCGCAUUUUCCAAAACAUAUGAAAAUGUACCAGGUUAUAAACAAUCCAGAGUGCGUGGAUUUCGAAAAGGAAGUGUCAUUAUCGAUUCUGAAGUAAUAAUGAGUGUCACUAUACAAAAUACAACGAAUAUUACUUCUGCGCUAGUCAAAGAAAUUACGGCCUACAAUUACAGCGUGAGCUCCAUUUCUGUAUAUAAGGAAGAAACCAGUACAACAACAGCUCAGACAGCAUCUUCUAAAAUCCCUGGAAAUGUGAUCGUAUCUCCAAGUUCUGUUAACAUCUCUAUUGGAAAAACACUAAACUUAACGUGCAGAUGGGAUUCAUUUUCUGGACCACUGACAAACCUAGAAGAUGUAACAUGGUAUUUUAAUGGAUACAUGAUACCUAGUUUACCUAAUAGUCUUACAUAUCAAAAAAAUAUAAGCAAUGUCGUGGAAGGUGGAAGUUACUCAUGUGAGCUGCUUGUUAAUGGUGAACGAAAAAUUAGCUCUCCAGCUAAUGUUGUGGUUUAUUCUUUGCCAUCUAUGAUUUCUGCAGAUGGUUCAUCAUUUAUCUGCAGUGGUGGAAAAGCAAAUACCACUAGUAUCGCAUGCUGCAUUAGCAGCGAGGACAAAACAAAGUACAUCAUUCAACUUAAGACUCCAAGUCUACUUGAAGGGACACCAGAUAAUAAGAAUGGAAAAUAUUGCAGAUUGUUCAACUACACACCACCGGACUGUAAAAACCAAAGAGUUUUUUGUGUAUUUGAAAAUGCUAUAAAUGAUACAAAAGAGGUGAAUGUGGAUAUAACUUCCAUUCAAGUGAACGAUGUGAUGUGUCGUAAUCCAUAUGGUAUAUAUCUUCAGACAUUUAAUCAGUCUUGUGAUGGUGACCAAAUAGGGCAAAUCUCUAUGAUAUGUAAUAAUAGCAGAUGGGAACCAACAUCAACUUUGUGUGUGGCAGCAAAGUUACGAAAUACACAUGAUUUACUUCUGAAUCUCAACAAUGUUUUACCUCAGGAAAUACUGAUACCAACGGCAUUACAGAAUCUUGCAGAAGCAACCCAAACAAAUGCAACUAAUUUAACAACAGCUGAUAAUAUACAAGAGAUAGUUAAUAUACUACAAAUAGUUUCAAAGAGCAACUUGACUGUUAAUGACUCAACAAUGAACAAUUUUAUGAAUUCAGUUGAUGCAAUUCUUGGAAAUGAUUCAUCUGCUGGCUGGAAGGAUCUAAAUGGGAAACAUACUAAUGCAAGUUUGGAAUUGUUGACAUCAGUGGAAAAGUUUAGUCAGCUUUUUUCAAGUGAGAAUAAAACCAUACAGAUAAGCACAGCAAAUGUACAAUUGCAAGGGAUCAACAUAUCUCAUGAUACUAUAAAAGGAGGGUUCACAAAGACAUUCUUUGAUUAUAAUACAGUUAAUAUUUCAGAAGAUGUGCUAAAAAACCUUCCAGGCUCUGUACUUCUUCUUAGCAUUGCUUUUAAAUCUCUUGCAGAUAUCUUGAAGAUAAAUUCUGCAAACAUUACAAAUAACGCCACUAUUAAUGGAAUUGUAAUGGCAACUACAGCAAAACACAAUAAUAUAUCAAACAUUACAAUGAUUUUCCAAAAGAAAAAUUCAUCACUGGAUGUCCCAAAUUGUGUUUUUGUUAAUGAAGCAGAGUGGAGUACUAUGGGCUGCAGUGGAAGCAAUACUAAGGACAGUGUUAUAUGUACGUGUAAUCAUAAUACAGCAUUUUCUAUACUAAUGUCCUCAUCAUCAGCAGAAGUCACUGAUAUAAAGCUGGACAAUAUUUUGACAUGGAUUACAUACAUAGGUGUAGGCAUAUCAAUUGGAAGUUUAGUCCUUUGCCUUUUUAUUGAAACAAUGGUAUGGCAACCAGUGGUGAAAACUAAGCAAGCCUACAUGAAGCAUCUUUGUAUUGUAAAUAUAGCCCUAUCACUGUUGAUAGCAGACAUCUGGUUUAUUGUAGGUGCAGCCAUGGACCCCUCCACUUCUGCUUGUAAAGCUGCAACAUUUUUCAUCCACUUUUUCUACCUCUCCUUAUUCUUCUGGAUGUUCAUUAAGGGCUUAGUGCUUUUAUACCUUACAGUGAAGAUUUUUCUAAGAUUGAGUAAGUCAACUAUAUUGGCUGUGUCAUUGCCUGUCGGUUAUGGAUGCCCAUUAAUUAUAUCAAUCAUCACAGUUGCUGUUACAGAACCACAGAAAAGCUACAUAAGAAAUAAUGCCUGUUGGCUGAACUGGGAUGAGUCUAAAGCUCUCCUUGCUUUUGUUGUACCUGCUCUUGUUAUCAUUGCUGUGAACGCCAUCAUUCUGCUUGUGGUAAUUGUGGUUAUUGUUAAAGUACUACGACCCUCUGUAGGAGAACACACAAAAGAUGAAGACCGGAGCAUUGCACUUCAGAUUGUCAAAACUGUUGGGCUCCUAACACCAUUUUUAGGACUGACAUGGGGAUUUGGAAUAGGAACAACUAUUGAUCCAUCAUCCAAUGCUUUGAAGAUCAUCUUCACUGUACUUAAUGCAUUCCAGGGAUUCUUUAUCUUGGUCCUUGGGACACUGAUGGAUGACAAGGUUCGAAAAACUCUACUUAGACAACUUUCAAUAUCAAAAUGGACUUCACAGAGAACAGCGACUUCUCGGCUUUACACCGUCUCGUCUAGUGGACCAGUCUCAAGAGCAGUCAACAGAUUUAAUAAACAAUCUGGAUAUCCUCCAAAAUCUAACAGUAGUAAUGAAUAUCGAAGUUUUUCUUCAACAUGAUGCCUCUGAAAUUGGAACAGUUACAGAAGCUGAGAAUAUAUAUAAAAGAAAGGAACAGCUGACUGGUCAUAAAAAAGCAAAUAUGUUAGCAUCUUGUUUCAGGCUGUAUGAUUAAAUUUUAUAUUAUAUCUGUGAGAAGCUUUCUGAAAUCAUAAUGAUUAAUUAUAUCUUUAAUGCAAUUUAAAAUGUAUAAUCAUGUAGUAAUAAAGUUUGCAGUGGUAGGAUUUCCUUAAACAUUUUGGAAAUGAAUUUAAUAUUACUUUCUAUGAUAUUUUUACCAGCUAAAUUUGUAUAGAAAUACAUGGCCUAAUGGUUAAGGUAUUUGCUUUGCAAACACAAGGUAUAGGGUUUGAAUCUCAUAGGGCAUAAUUGGCUAGGCUUAAAAUGGCUCACAAGGGCAGUUAGCCUAGUACUAAUCUAUGAACCUAUUAUUUGUCUAUCUGGUUUUGUAUAGCCAUUUCAAUGCAACCCAGUGAAUUGAUUACUGCUUAAAUGUGAUACCUCUAUGAGAAUUAAUUUUAAAUAACAAAUGUAUAUUAAUGGCACCUAUUACUUAUAAAAAGAGAAACAUGGUGAGAAGCAUACAUAGUUUACAUCAUUCUGUGAUCCUUAGGGCCAGAUUCCAAAAGACUUCUUCUCAGUGUAAAUUACCUACUCUAGUAUAAACCUGCUUUAUAGUUAGGCCUUGCAUUAGAGUAAAUCACUCACACUGAGAUUAAGUCCUUUGGAAUUUGAUCCUUCUAGUGUCAUAAUAUUUAAGUGGAGUACAUAAUAGUUGAUUAGUAUAAAUUUGAAAGGGUUGAACUGUUUCUUUGUAGCAGAAAUUAUUCUAGUAAAGCACAAUCAGAUUUCUGACAUAUGUGCAAUCUAUAUGGUUUCUUUAAAACUGUAAAAAAAUAUAAUAAAGUUUAAUUUCCAGAC